GCCACCGGCGGGUCAACGAUUGCGGUUUGUACAUUGUAGCGUCGACGGAAGUUUUGUUUGUCCCUCUUUCGCGCCUGUUUAUAACCGAUUUUGUGACUUGGCGGAACUUGGUGCAAAUUCCCGACGAUGAGCGCCGAGGAAGAAGUGUUGCGCAUCCAGAAGAAGCUCAAUAAAAUGUCGAGCGGUGACGGGACGGGCCAGGAACAAGCUUUGGAAUUGCUCAAGAUACUUCAAAAAUUGCCUGUUAACUUGGAACUCUUGACUAAAACACGCAUUGGAAUGACUGUGAAUGCUUUGAGAAAAUCGAGUAAAGAUGAAGAAGUUAUUUCUUUAUCAAAGACUCUUAUUAAGAAUUGGAAGAAGUUCUUAUCUGGAUCCAAAGAGAAGGAUUCUACUUCAUCAAGUAGUUCAAAGAAGAAAGAUGAAAAAUCAGACAAGGGAAAGGAGGAAAACGAUCAGAAAAAGGAAAAGGAUACGACAGAUGCUGCUGAUGUCAAAGUGAAGGAAGAAAAGCCGAAUAAAGACAUUCAGAGGAAACAGGCGACCUUCCCUGCUCCUACUACGACAGAUGCAGUCAGAUUAAAAUGCAGAGAACUAUUAAUAGCAGCUUUACGCGUAGAUGGAAAAGUCAUCGAUAGUUGUGCCAGUCCAGAAGAGUUGGCAGAAGAAUUGGAAGAGGCGAUAUAUGGGGAAUUCAAAAAUACUGAUAACAGAUACAAAAAUAGGGUACGCAGCAGAAUCGCUAAUUUACGCGAUGCGAAGAAUCCUAAUUUACGAAUGAACUUUCUCGUGGGCGCAAUUACACCUGCUCGACUCGCGGUAAUGACGGCGGAGGAGAUGGCAAGCGACGAAAUUAAGCAACUACGCGAACAAUUUAAAAAAGAGGCCAUCAAUGAUGCACAACUUGCCACUGUGCAAGGAACCAAGACCGAUUUGCUCAAAUGCGGCAAAUGCAAGAAACGUAACUGCACGUAUAAUCAGGUGCAGACACGUUCAGCCGAUGAACCGAUGACAACCUUCGUAUUAUGUAACGAAUGCGGAAAUCGAUGGAAGUUCUGUUAAGUUUCGCUUCAAUUAUUAUUUCUUGAAUCUAUGGCGCUAUCGCGUAAUUCGACGAAAUAAAUUUUUCAAUCAUCAUCUAGAAUUCGAUAAAAUGAAUCGAUUAUGAAAAUGUGGAUCUUUAUGAAUCUUGUCGUAAAAAACUUUUGUUUAUUAAUUUUACAU